AUGCAGAAAGUAACUCGUGAAAAACCACUGCAUAUGCUGAGGCAAACGUGGUCAAAAUUUGAAGAUUCAAAUUCAUCGCGUUUCAAGCAACAUUUAAAAUGGGUUCAUCCAAAAGAUAGAAUUCCGGAAUGGAAAAUAAAAGUUGAUGAUAUAGUAAAAAUUAUCUCUGGUAAAGCAAAAGGCCAAGUUGGUAAAGUGAUCAAAGUGGAUAAAUGGGCGAAUAGGGUCUUUGUUGAUAAUGUGAACUUUAGUAAAAAAACACCAAGAACCGAAUAUGAGACAGAGGAUUUUGAUCCAUCAAGCAUUGAGAAAACUGGUUCUUGGUGGAUGAGGAAAACUUUAAGAGCAAUUCAUGUAUCGAAUGUUUCUCUCAUACAUCCUGAACAUAUAAAACCUUUUGAAGAGGGAUCUAUCCCAGAAAAAGAUGUACAGGCAGUUAGAGUUGAAUUGAUAAAAAAGAAAAAAAAGAAUAAGAUUGUAUCAUUUAGAUAUAUCCCUAAACUUAAUAUGUAUUAUGAUCCUAUAAAAAAGGAAAAGAAAGAGGUCGAAAAAAAAGGAACUGCUAAGUGGGAUACAAGAAUAGAAGAGGUAGAAAGAAGAACAUUAGAAGUCAAUUUACUUCCUCCUUUUCCUCCCAAAUUGGCUGCUGUAUAUGAAGGUUUAUCACGGAUCAGAAAUGAUGAAAUUGGAGUUACAAUUGCUUAUGGAUUACAUUGGUCUUGUUAUGGAAUAUUACAUGCCUUAAUUACAAUUACUUUAUUUUAUUAUGGUUCAACAUUAAUUAAAAUGACGCAAAAAAGCUUUAUACUAUCAGGCGUUAUACCUGACGGAAGUCGAGAAAACAAUGUACAAUUACGUUUCUUUGGCGCUAGUAAUGAAAAUUCUGAUCCGAGCGAAAUUACUAUGAAACAUUUAAAAUUAAUAAAAAAUCUUCGAAAAAUGCGUAUCUUUAGUUAUACCUUAACGGGUUGCUUCUUCAUGUGCACAAUUUCUUUAUUUGCAAUGGCAGUAAUGGGUUAUAAACUAUUUGAGAUCACUCUAUUAUCUCAAUUAUAUUAUGCUCUUUGUAGUAUAGGGGUUCCUUUGGCUUGUAUCGGUAUAAAUUUUGGCAUUAUACAAGCAGAAAUCCAUCCAUCUGGUUUGAUAGAUACAAUAGCAGACUUAUCUAGUUACUACCAUAGUCAAUCUGAAUCUAAUAGUAGUGAAAAUCCUUUGUAA